UAGCAACGUCUUCUUUCCUUCCCUUCCUCGCCAAUUUCACACGAUACUCUCACAGACCAUUAUAUAGUUGUAGAAAGAAAGUUCCACAUUUCUCAGGAAACUCCCACCAGCCACCGCCGCCCCAAAACCUUCACCAAUUGCCAAAUUCUUCAACUUUAUGUCGCCGUGAGAAAUGGGUAACUUGUGCACUUGCUUCGCCCCCAAGCCGGCGGUGAAAAGGGGACGAUCGGUUAAGCGUCUCCCGGCCAAUUCCUCAUCCCAAACCGCUUCCAACCGGUGGACGAGGGUCCGAUCCGCUAGAAAAGACAGUAAUGAUUCCUUAAUCCAGGAGCAGGCUCUGGCGGCAGCUCUGAUGUUCAGGCAGCAGAACGGUGCCGGGGCAACGGCGACGGCGUUUGACCGUUCUGUUUCGCACAGGUACCCGAAUAGUAAUGCCGGGUCGAAGAAGAACCCGUUGCCCCGAAGCGCUAGCUCGAGAGCUCGGUCACUUACGGACCCUUUGUUGCAGCCUCACCAAUUGGUUAACCAGGAUAUUAAGCUUGAUGAUCUUGAGACAAAACAUUUUGUCCUUGUACAUGGCGGGGGUUUUGGUGCUUGGUGUUGGUACAAAACCAUAGCCCUUCUGGAAGAGAGUGGUUUCACAGUUACGGCUGUCGACUUGACUGGUUCUGGGGUUCAUUCUUUUGAUACUAAUGGCAUCGCCAGUCUCUCUCAGUAUGUGAAGCCGCUUACUGAUUUUCUUGAAAAGCUUGCUGAUGAGGAGAAGGUGAUCUUGGUAGGGCACGAUUUUGGCGGUGCUUGCAUCUCAUAUGCAAUGGAGUUGUUUCCACACAAAAUUUCAAAGGCUAUUUUCCUAGCUGCAGCUAUGUUAGUCGAUGGACAAAGUAUGCUUGACAUGUUCUCCAAGCAGGAAACUCUGCUUCUAGAGGCAUCAAGCUAUGUCUAUGCUAGUUAGGCUUCCGCUACUCUGCGACUAAUAAAAGGGAGCUUUUCCAGUCAGGUGGAAAUGAUCUAAUGCAAAAAACACAGAUUUUUGUUUAUGCAAAUGGGAAAGAUCAUCCUCCGUCUGCCAUUGAUCUGGAUAAGUCGUUGCUGCGGGACUUAUUAUUCAACCAAAGUCCUGCCAAGGACAUUGCAUUAGCCUCCGUGUCAAUGAGGCUGAUCCCAUUUGCUCCAGUCCUGGAGAAACUCUGUCUCUCCGAUGCCAAGCACGGGACUGUGCGACGGUUCUAUAUCGAAGCUCCAGAAGACAAUGCUAUACCUAUCACCUUACAACAAACCAUGAUCAGCUCGAGUCAGCCGGAGAAGGUGUUCCGGUUGAAAGGUGCGGAUCAUUCACCUUUCUUCUCAAAGCCUCAAGCUUUGCACAAGAUAUUGGUAGAGAUUUCGAAGAUGAAUAAAGCUUGAAAAAGAAAUUAGAGAAAAGGGGGGUCCAUGGGCAUCGUUACUCAUGUGCAUAUCAUUAUGUAUAGUUGUUGAUGGUGCCCCCAUGUUUCUUCUCCCAUCCUUACGCCUCCUUUUCUAUUCUUUUCUUUUCUUUUUUCCCAUCUCCAGUUUCUUUGGUUGUUCUUCAUUUGUUAUUGUUCACGGGACUUUGCAGUUACAAAAGGGUUCCCCUUCUUACUAUCCCCAAGGGGAUGAUUUUGUUCAUGCAAAGCCCAUAUAAAAGUUGGGGGGAUAAAAGGAUUAUAGUUUAUAGGUAAAGACAUUCAAAGUGUAUGGGAUAGAUUACCUGAAUAUCGUUCUUCCUACUGUCCUACGCAAAGAUUAUUUCAGUUAAAACCCUCAUAACCGAAUUGGUUGUUGAACAUGGACUUUAUCAGCGG